CCCCCCCCGCACCGCACCCCCCACCAUGAAGACGGCUCAUUUCUUCGACCUGAUGGACAAGAUGGAGGACGACUACAUUCCUUAUCCCCGGAUCGAGGAGGUGUUGGAGAGGGGGGGGCCGUUCCCUCAGGUGAUCCUACCUGAGUUCGGAGGUUACUGGAUCGAGGAAAUGGAGAUCAGAGAGGGGGAGGAAGAGGAGGAAGAGGGGGGGGGAGCGGAGGAAGGAACAGCCCCAGUGCAUUAUGGGUAUCGUCUGGAGGAGAUCGGAGAGGCUGCUCGAGCGUACAGGAAGCUGUUUAUGGGCCGGGAGCAUCUGAACUUCUCCUGCUCGGCCAGCAGCGUUGGAAGUCUGCUGCUGUCGGUGAGGCACGAGGAGGAGGAGCAGCAGGAGACCCUGCACGUCAUCAUACGGUCUCGGAUGAAGAGUGUUUACCACAGAUUGUCUCUGUCGGAGCUGCCGGAGAUCCCCAGCGUCCCGGAGCUCGCUAAGCUGCUGUGUGAGGAAGCGGCCGCUCUGCGCUUCAGCCCCGUCCUCUACCCCAAGGCCUCUCAGCUGAUAGUAAACUUUGACGAACACGAGGUCAACAACACCUUCAAGUUUGGAAUCAUUUACCAGAGGUUAGGACAGGUGUCUGAGGAGGAGCUGUUCAGGAACAACGAGGAGACGCCGGCGUUCUCUGAGUUCUUGUCUCUGCUCGGAGACACCGUGGAGCUGCAGGACUUCAAGGGGUUUCGGGGGGGUCUGGACGUGUCUCACGGACAGACGGGGUCUCAGUCGGUCUACAGCGUCCACAGAGAGCAGGAGAUCAUGUUCCACGUCUCCACCAAGCUGCCGUUCAUCGAGGGCGACGCUCAGCAGCUGCAGAGGAAACGCCACAUCGGGAACGACAUCGUGGCGCUGGUGUUUCAGGAGGACGCCACGCCGUUCGUCCCCGACAUGAUCGCCUCCAACUUCCUGCACGCCUUCAUCCUGGUGCAGCCUGAAGGAGAUAAUGACUCCUACAAGGUGUCCGUCACGGCCCGAGAAGACGUUCCUCCGUUCGGCCCGCCCCUCCCGAGUCCAGCUGUUUUUAAGAAGGGUCCGGAGUUCAGAGAGUUCCUGCUCACCAAACUCAUCAACGCAGAGCUGGCCUGCUACAAGAGCGAGCGAUUCGCCCGACUUGAGGAGCGUACGCGCACCGCCCUGCUGGACAGCCUCCUGGAGGAUCUGAACCGGCGCUCCCAGUGCAUGCUGGGAUUGGGUUCAGGUCUGGAGGAGGAGGGGCGAUCUGAGAACGGACACACACACGGAGGCCUGCUGGAGUCCAUCAAGAGGGCGAUGCGAGGGCGGAGUGUCUCCAUGGAAACAAUGGCGAGGGGGGGGGCUGGUCUGCCCACCAGCCUGAGUGGGGGUGGGCUGGCCGAGUGUAAUGUGAAGUCUCCGGUGAAGAGGCGUUCAGGACUCUUCCCUCGUCUGCUGAGCAUUGACAGCCAGACAGAGAGACACAACCAGAGGAGUCUCCUCAGUGAGCAGAGGAGCUUCGACAGCUGCCACUCUCAGGAGGUGAGAGAGCUGCCGUCCAAUCCCAGCUCUCCGGAGGCGGGGCCACGGGACAGGUGAGGGAGUAACAGGAAGUCUGUGAUUUAUUACCUCAGAUUGUAUAGAAGUCUAUGAGAAAAUGUUCCAGACAGAAACAGGAUGUGUUUUCAGGGUUCAUGUGAAGAAGGAGAGGAUCUCCAGAUCAACCUCCAGCAGCUGCAGCUUCAGCUCUGCAGAGGACACACACCUGACUGCAGAAGGUCAGACUCCUGUCAUCGUCUGCCGCAGCCCCACAGAGCUGAAGAACAGAAACUCUCCGCGAUCCAACCUGAAGUUUCGUUUUGACCGACUGAGUCACUCUGCUGCGGGAAACUGACCUGAGAGCAGCAGGAGACUAACAGCCGGAGGAGGACAUUAAUGUGAAGACACACACACACACACACGCACGCACGCACACGCACACGCACACACAUACACACAGGAUUGUUGUUCCUGCAAAAACAUGCAAAAAAACUAUUAUUUAAUUUGUAUUUUCCUGAUGUCCGCUCGGUGGAUUUAACCUCUGUGUCUCACUUUAAAAAGAGGCUCUGAUUUCCUUAAAUUACUGUAUAUAUUGUAUUUUAUGAAUCACGUCCCACUCUUUCUAAUAACUGCAGAAUAAUCAUUUAUUUUCAGACUUUUUUAUUUAAAAUAUAUAUGCACACAUUUUGACUCUCCUUAUUUCAGGAGCACUCACUGAAUGUGCAUGAUGCAUUAAAGUGAGGCACGGGGGCUAAAUAGGUUUUAUUUGGUAAUGGAGUAUUUCUACAUUGUAGUAUUAGUACUUUUAUUAAAGUAAAGGAUCUUCCACCGCUGAUAUUCACACGGUCAGUUCAUUUUUUUAGAAAGGGAUCAGAAAACUAACAAAAACUGUUUUAAAUUCACUGUAAAUCAUUUUGUUUCUUCUCGUAAUUGCUCGUAUACUAACUGCAGUACUGCGUAGUACUGUGCAGUAUUAGUAUCUUUAACUGUCUGAAUGUUAAACGCUGAAGAUGUCGUAUUAAUCGGAGCAGGAGGCCGUCGUUCACUUAGUUUACUCACCAAUAAAUAUUAACACUUUACACACACAGGUUAUUUAAGUGACUUCAGUACUUAGUGUAAAGUAACUAAGUAAUCAAGUAAUGUACUUAAGUGCAUAUUAGAGGUACUUUACUUGAGUAUUUCCAUGUUAUGCUACUGUGUACUUU